AUGGGCUGCAGCAGCAGAAGAUUAAUAAGGAUAGCCACUCUGCUAUUUAUAUCCCAAACAGUCAUUGGCUUGGUGAUCCCAAACUCCACCCACUUGGAAGCUAUUCUGGAAAAGUACCUGGAUGAAGAUGGAGAGUGGGCGGUUCCUAAACAGAGGGGGCAGAGAUCCAUCAGUGAAAGUGACAUGCACCUUAUUCUGGACCUGCACAAUAAGCUGAGGGGUCAGGUCUCUCCACAAGCCUCAAACAUGGAGUAUAUGGUGUGGGAUGUGGAGCUGGAGAGGAGUGCAGAGGCCUGGUCACACGCCUGUCGAUGGGAACAUGGACCUGCCAGCCUGCUGUCACAGAUAGGACAGAACCUGGGCGUUCACUGGGGCAGAGACCGCCCACCAACAUUCCACGUUCAGGCCUGGUACGACGAAGUCAAAGACUUCUCCUUCCCCUACCCGCAGGAGUGUAAUCCUUACUGCCCCUACCGCUGCCAUGGACCCGUGUGCACUCACUACACACAGUUGGUUUGGGCCACGAGCAACCGCAUUGGCUGUGCCAUCAAUGUCUGCUACAACAUGAACGUCUGGGGGAUGAUUUGGGCCAAAGCUGUCUACCUGGUGUGCAACUACUCCCCUCCGGGCAACUGGUGGGGUCACGCCCCAUACAAACAUGGCAGCCCCUGCUCCGCCUGCCCCCCCAGCUAUGGAGGAAGCUGUAGGGACAACCUGUGCUACAGAGAUGAGGGAAUGGGAAGACGCUACCCCCCCGAAACGGAAGAGACCAACGACAUCGAGCCUGAAGUGGGCCGGACCCCAGAGCCCCGCCCGAGGGCACAGUCCCCGACCGUCCAGCCGAACGAGCACGCGGAGAGGAACGCGGUGGUCAGCACCCGGCAGAUGUCUCAACAGGUGAACUGCGAGGACAAACUGCGUGAUAAGUGCAAAGGAACAACUUGUAACAGAUAUGAGUGUCCUGCUGGCUGCCUACAGAGCAGAAUGAAAGUCAUUGGAAGUGGAUACUAUGACAUGCAAUCCAGUAUUUGCGGAGCUGCUGUACAUGCAGGGAUUGUGGAUAAUCAAGGAGGCUGGCUGGAUAUCACACGGGUUGGACGAAGGGAACACUUCACAAAGUCCAACAAGAAUGGGGUUCAGACUAUGGGAAAAUCACAGAGUGCAAAUGCCUUCACUGUGUCAAAUGUACCAGUGAGAGCCAUCACAUGUGAGACCACAGCUGCACAGUACUGCCCUUUCAAAAAGCCAGUUAGGCACUGUCCAAGGCUAUACUGUCCCCAAAACUGUCUACAGACGACCUCUAGAGUCAUCGGAACUCGAGUUUAUUCUGACAAAUCCAGUAUCUGCCGGUCAGCCAUCCAUGCAGGGGUCAUACAGAAUGACUCUGGGGGAUACCUGGAUGUCAUGCCCGUGGACAGGAGAAGGCAGUACAUCGCCACCUACCAGAACGGGGUCUCCUCAGAGAGCAUACGGAAUCCUUCCGUGGGCAAAGCAUUCCGAGUCUUUGCGGUCAUUUGAACUCUGACCUUGAGGACCCCUGCAUUGAAAGGACCCCUAGGAGAUGAAGAGGAUUUCACUAUACUGUUUUUCCAUGCUUUUCUGACAAGCUGCACUGAAAUCAGGACCCAUUAUCGAUUGAAUCAUGUUUGCUCAACAACGCCAGGAAAGAAACUUGACUAUUAUAGACCACAGGUCAGAAAAUAUUGGAAAUUUCUCUAUUACAGUAUCAGUUACCCUUUUCCAACCAACCGGAGCUUGUGAACUAUUGUGAACCUUGUACAUUUUAUGUAUAUAACAUUCCAUUUUGUAAAUAAUGUUAUCUGUUGUGUUCAUUUAGCAUGUAGCCUUUGUCAGGUUUGCAAACAUUAUUUGCUGAAGGUGAAUAAUCUUAAUUGUUCAUGUAAGCACUUAAAGAGAGGAUUCCUUCAUUGUGGUCAUUUCACAAAACUGUCAUAAAACUCAAUCUGUUCAGGGAAGCCUGUCUUCCUGAAAAAGUGCUUUAACAUAUGUCAGAAUUUACUUUAAGAAAUGGAAGGUAUUAUAUCUUUAUUUUUAUAUGUAUUUUUAUAAGUAUUAUUUUGCUGCUAAGUCUUGUGAUGUAUUUCAGAACAGACUUUUACAGAAUCUGUUACUUUAAAGCCUGGCAGGCCAGGAACUAUAGUUCUACAGGAAAGAUAUUCAGAGGGAGUGCUAAUGAAGCGCACACCCUCACCAUCAGCCAGUGGUGAAACAAUCUGUAUGAGCAUUAGUCAUCAUAUAAUAAUGGAAAAAGUCAUUUAUCAGUGGAACAUGUUAUUUUAAAUGUAAAAUGUAUUGUGCUUGAAACUGGAAAAAUAACAAUUUAAAAGCAUUCAUUCAAUGUCUUCUGUUGUUUCAUAAAAUAUCAGGAGAAAUCUUUUUUCCUCUGGUCUCAAUUCUGCA